UUUACUGUUUGUGUCACAGUUAAGAUUUAAAUUGAUAUAAAUAAUAUCAUACGCAAUCCGGAAUACUGUUAUUGUUUGCAAACUUUUGUUUCAAACAUCACACUACGAUUACAACUGUUUUGACUUAAUUAAUGAACUGUUAACGGUUAAAAAUGGGUGGAAAAGCCGAAAAAGGUACACCUAAGUACAUCGCGAAUAAGAUAAAAGCUAAAGGUCUACAGAAAUUACGAUGGUAUUGUCAAAUGUGUCAAAAACAAUGUCGUGAUGAGAAUGGAUUCAAAUGUCACACCAUGUCAGAGUCCCACCAGCGUCAGCUUUUACUGUUUGCUGACAACGCUUCGAGAUAUAUCGACGAGUUUUCCAGGGAGUUUGCUGAUGGAUAUUUAGAGUUAUUGAAGCGUCAGUUUGGUACGAAACGAGUUAAUGCUAAUAAAGUGUAUCAGGACUAUAUUUCUAACAGAGACCAUCUUCAUAUGAAUGCAACACAAUGGGAGACUCUGACUGACUUCGUAAAGUGGUUAGGCAGGGAGGGGAAGUGCGUUGUUGAUGAAACAGAGAAAGGCUGGUUUGUAGCGUACAUAGACAGAGACCCAGCGACUAUAGCUGCUCAGGAGGCUAAAGUUAAAAAGGAAAAGAUGGAUAAAGAUGAUCAGGAAAGAAUGUUAGAAUUCAUACAGAAACAAGUUGAAAAAGGUAAGAAAGAAACAAGUACAGAAGAACCUUCGUAUACAGAAUUCAAACGAGAGAACAGCCAAGAAAGACUGACUCUAAAUAUCAACCUGAAGAGGAGACCUGAAGAUAAGUCCGAUGGUCUUACAAAGUCAGCGCUUCAAGUACAGAAGACAAAAGAAGAGUCAUCUAGCAAAAAGAAGAAGAUAGAAGAAAAAAAUAAACAGAGUGCUUUAGAUGCUAUCAAGGAAAUGCAAGAAAAAGCCAGAGAAAGGGCUAAUAGGAAAGAUCAUUGGUUAACGGAAGGUAUUAUUGUGAAGAUUGUUACAAAAAGUCUCGGAGAUAAAUAUUUCAAACGGAAAGCUGUUGUUGAAAGAGUUGUGGAUAAAUAUGCAGCGCAUGUCAAACUUGUUGAUGAUAAUGUUAAAUUGAAACUUGAUCAGAAUCAUUUGGAAACUGUGAUACCAUCAACCGGUCGUUUGGUAAAGUUUGUGAACGGAGCUUACAACGGACAGACCGGAGUGUUGAAGAUGAUUGAUGUUGAGGGAUAUUGUUGUGAUGUGGAGAUAUGUUCGGGACCACUCUCCGGUCGACUUGUUAAAGGUGUUCAAUACGAAGAUAUAAGCAAAAUGGCUUCAUAA